AUGCUUCUUUGUUACAAUUUAUUCUACUUUGACAAAUUUGCUAUGAUAUCCUGUUAUUAAAAAUUCAAACCCGCAUAUCAAAUUUGAAAUUCAUGAAAGUUUUACGGCUCGAUUUGCUGUCUCGAUUCCAUUCGUUCUUGGAACUGUGGAGGGCUUUGGCGAUGUUGCACUGAUCACUGAAAAUGGACGAAGCUGCAAGCGAGAGCUUUGCAAGCAAUGAAGCGAAAUACAUUCUGUCUUUCACGUUAUAUUUGUCACGAUUUGUUGGAUUCGUUGAAAACACUUUAAAGGUGCCAUUUUAUCAUGUCCUUUUGGAAACAAUUUUAAUUCUGUGGAUCAUCAGACUUUUGGCAACAAAGAGCUACACUCCAAGAGAACAAAGAUUGAAGCUGAGCAAAGAGGAGGAAGAAGCAUUGAUCCAAGAAUGGGAACCUGAGCCAUUAGUUCCAAAAACAGGGAUAGAUGAUUACAUUGUAAAGCCAAAAAUUGUCAAUGGGUAA